AUGAACAAGUCGAGCGAAGAAGCGCUCUUACUACCAACAACCUCGGCGGAUCCAGUCGCUAUUAAAGUAGAUAUUGAGCCAAAUGUUCAUAAUGCUUUUUUGGGCAUCGUAUGUGUCGCCGCAGCGUCUUUAUGCUUCAGUUUCACGGCCACAUUCAUCAAGUAUAUGACGUUUACCUUUUCGUCUAUGGAGGCAACGUUCUGGCGAUCCAUUGGUGUGCUCGUAUGCAAUUCCAUUGUCGUGAUGGUGUCAGGCACGAGUCUUUACGUUCCACGAGAGUAUCGUAAAUUACUGUUUCUCCGUUGCCUGUGUGGAUUUGUAUGCAUGGGGUUUGCUUUCUAUGCCACGUCACAGAUGGUCCUGGCAGAUGCGAGUUGUUUAAUCCUUUCAAGUCCUAUCAUGACCUUCAUUUUUGGUGCACUCUUUCUCCACGAAAGGAUUGAUCCGUUAAGCCUUCUUUGUGCCAUCGUAGGGUUUAGCGGGUUGAUCUGCGUCGUCCGUCCAGGAUUUCUGUUUGGUUACGACCAUCCAACGGCUGCUACGGAUGGCUCGCGAAUUGCCGUCGUCUCGGCUUUACUAGCCGCUUUGGGUCAAGUUUUCGUGUUCCUGACGUUACGUCAGCUUAAAGCACUGAGCGUGUUUGUCAUUGUUUAUUACUUUGCACUGUCUAGUGUCAUUUUGACGGCGCUGUGGUUAGCGUUGAUCCAACAUUCGUUUUACAUUCCCUCUACAUUUGUGCUUUGGAGAGCUAUCAUUGGUACCGGCAUCUGCACAUUUGGUGGCCAAAUGCUUUUGACUCGGGGUUUCCAGCUGGAAAAAGCAGGUGUUGCAGCAGUCAUGCGCUAUUUGGACGUUGUUUUUGUCUUUAUCUGGGACUCAACCAUCCUACGUGAAAGAAUAGACUACUGGAGUGUGGUUGGUGCUCUAAUCAUUCUCACCUGUGCAGUGAUGAUUGGAGUACGUAAGGUGCAGCUGACGCGCACGAAUGGAUCACGAACAUAA